AUGUCGCCGCAGCCGGCCCCCGACGACCUCGCCGAGGACAAGGAGAGGGAGACCAAUGUCCUCAUCGAGGCGGCCCCGGGGUCACCGGCGAAGGCGGCCGAGGAGGGCGACGGCCACGGCCACGGCAGGCCGCCGCCGUCGCCGGUGGCGUGGUUCCGGAUGCUGGCCAGGGAGCUGCACUGGAGCUUCGUCUUCGGCGUGGUGGCCACGUACGGCAUCAGCCAGGGCCUCGGCGGUGGCAUCUCGCGCGUCGCGUCCGACUACUACUGGAAGGAUGUGCAGCGGGUGCAGCCGUCCGUGGCGCAGGUGUACCAGGGCGUCACCUCCAUCCCCUGGAUGGUCAAGCCGCUCUGGGGCCUGCUCACCGACGUGCUCCCCGUCGCCGGAUACCGCCGCCGGCCCUACUUUAUUCUUGCAGGCUUCAUCGGAGUGAUUGCAAUGCUUAUACUCGCUCUCCACAGCAAGCUUCAUGCAUUGUUCGCUUUGUUGGCAUUGAUGACCGGAAGCGCUAGUGUGGCGAUAGCUGAUGUUACUAUAGAUGCUUGCGUGGCGGAAAACAGUAUAGUGUACCCUCAUCUUGCUGCUGACAUGAUAAGCUUAAAUGGAUUCUGUUCAUCUGUUGGAGGUCUUAUUGGAUUCUCAAUAAGUGGUUUUCUUGUUCAUGCAAUAGGGGCUCAAGGUGCCCUUGGACUGUUAACCAUACCCUCUGCCUUAGUAAUUUUAUCCGGAACACUGCUGAAGGAGGUUCAUAUCCCCAACUUUCCAUACGAGCAGGCCCAUAAGAAGUUUGUAGAAGCAAGUGGGAAAAUGUUAACAGCUUUGAAAUGCCCUGAAGUAUGGCGACCAUGUGUUUACAUGUACGUAUCACUUGCGUUGAGUGUCGACAUCCAAGAAGGAAUGUUCUUCUGGUACACAGACCGAAGCGCAGGGUUAUCUUUCCAUGAGGGAUUUAUUGGCUUUAUGUUCGCUAUUGGAUCAGUUGGUUCUCUUGUGGGUGUUAUACUUUAUCAAAAUAUUCUUAAGGACCAUUCCUUUCGCAGCCUUCUUUUUUCGAGCCAGCUGUUGCUAAGCUUGGCAGGAAUGCUUGAUCUGAUCUUGGUGCUUCGACUAAACCUUAAAAUGGGGAUACCAGAUUACUACUUUGCGGUGAUCGAUGAGGGGGUCUCCAAAAUGAUCAACCGUAUCAAAUGGAUGCCUCUUCUGGUGCUUAGCUCAAAGCUUUGCCCCACUGGCAUUGAAGGCACGUUCUACGCAUUGCUCAUGUCCAUCGACAACAUUGGCUCGUUAACUGGAUCAUGGAUUGGUGGGUUGCUCCUUCAUUUGUUGAGAAUCACAAGAACAGAAUUCAAGAACCUCUGGGCCGCUAUCUUGAUUCGAAAUAUGAUGAGGCUGCUACCACUGGCGCUGUUAUUCUUGGUGCCAAGAAGUGAUCCUAAUUCCACUCUUCUUCCAUCCGAUUUGCUGAAUGAGGGAGAUGACGAUGAAGCUCAGCGAGUAGAGAAUGUCGAGUUAACCUCCCUCCCUGCAAACAGAGAUUCUUGCAAUGAUAAAUCUCUCCAUGACUGCCAGAUUCAGGAGGGCCUUGGUGGAGAACGAGAUGACGACGAAGCUUCACUUCUUGCCAACAGGAGUUGA